AGGCGCAAAGCGCCAACUUGUGCCCAUCGAAAGGGACUAAUUUCGGUUUACGGAACGGAAUCCUCGAGCACUCGAGGCGGAGUCUGUCGAACGGAAGCCUUGCCUUGCCACACGCCACACGAAAAUGUCCAACGUUUGGGUGGAAAACAAUUGAAUCACAUCACACACAAAAGCCACAUUUCCCCCCCAAAACAACUUUGUGCCCAACAAUAUGGCUGCCUCUGCUUUCCCUGCCGUCGCUCGCUUUGUUUAUCGCUGCCUUUUGUUCGCGCCUGCCAUUGUUGUGGGACUCCUGCUGACGCUGCCAGCAAUUGCCGGCGCCCAAAGGCACACAGCAUCCGAUAAUCCCUCGACAUACAAUAUUGGAGGCGUAUUGAGCAAUUCCGAGAGCGAGGCCCACUUCCACACCACCAUUUCGCAUCUCAACUUUGAUCAGCAGUAUGUGCCGCGAAAGGUCACCUACUACGACAAGACCAUCCGCAUGGACAAGAAUCCCAUCAAGACGGUCUUCAAUGUGUGCGACAAGCUCAUCGAGAAUCGGGUGUAUGCCGUAGUCGUUUCGCAUGAGCAAACCUCUGGUGAUUUGUCGCCAGCGGCUGUAAGUUACACGAGCGGAUUCUAUUCAAUUCCCGUCAUUGGCAUAUCCUCACGGGAUGCGGCCUUCUCCGACAAGAACAUCCACGUCUCGUUCCUCAGAACCGUGCCGCCGUACUAUCACCAGGCUGACGUCUGGCUGGAGAUGUUGAGUCAUUUUGCAUAUACAAAGGUUAUCAUAAUACACAGCUCCGACACGGAUGGACGUGCCAUAUUGGGGCGCUUCCAGACCACAUCACAGACCUAUUACGAUGAUGUCGAUGUGCGUGCCAACGUUGAACUGAUUGUAGAGUUCGAGCCGAAGCUGGAGAGUUUUACAGAGCACCUUAUAGACAUGAAGACAGCCCAGUCGAGGGUAUAUUUGAUGUAUGCCAGCACUGAGGAUGCCCAAGUCAUCUUUCGGGACGCCGGCGAGUACAACAUGACCGGGGAGGGGCAUGUGUGGAUUGUGACGGAGCAGGCGUUGUUCGCCAACAAUACGCCGGACGGAGUGCUGGGCCUCCAGCUGGAGCAUGCUCACAGCGACAAGGGACACAUUAGGGACAGCGUUUAUGUCCUGGCCUCGGCCAUCAAGGAGAUGAUAUCCAACGAGACCAUUGCAGAGGCGCCCAAGGACUGCGGCGAUUCGGCCGUCAACUGGGAAUCGGGAAAGCGUCUGUUCCAGUACCUGAAGAGUCGCAAUAUUACGGGGGAGACAGGCCAAGUGGCGUUCGAUGACAAUGGCGAUCGCAUCUAUGCCGGCUACGAUGUGAUCAACAUACGCGAGAAGCAGAAAAAACAUGUUGUGGGAAAAUUCAGCUACGAUAGUAUGCGUGCCAAAAUGCGAAUGAAUAUCAAUGACAGCGAAAUCAUUUGGCCAGGCAAACAGAACCGCAAGCCGGAGGGCAUUAUGAUUCCCACUCACCUGAAAGUGCUGACCAUUGAGGAGAAGCCAUUUGUCUAUGUGCGUCGCAUGGGGGAUGACGAGUUCCGCUGCGAGCCAGAUGAGCGACCCUGUCCGCUGUUCAAUGCCACUGAUUCCACUGCCAAUGAGUUUUGCUGUCGUGGGUACUGCAUCGAUUUGCUCAUCGAACUAUCCAAGCGGAUAAACUUCACCUACGAUCUAGCCCUCUCCCCCGAUGGACAGUUCGGGCACUACAUCCUCCGCAACAACUCGGGUGCGAUAACACUGCGCAAGGAGUGGACGGGCCUUAUGGGGGAGCUGGUCAAUGAACGGGCCGACAUGAUCGUUGCACCAUUAACCAUCAAUCCGGAGCGUGCCGAGUACAUUGAAUUCUCGAAACCCUUCAAGUAUCAAGGCAUUACAAUACUCGAGAAGAAACCGUCACGAUCGAGUACUCUCGUGUCUUUCCUGCAGCCAUUUAGUAACACGCUAUGGAUUUUGGUAAUGGUGUCGGUUCAUGUAGUGGCUCUGGUCCUCUAUCUGCUGGACAGAUUCUCACCGUUUGGACGCUUCAAGCUCUCGCACUCGGACAGCAACGAGGAGAAGGCCCUGAAUCUCAGCUCCGCGGUCUGGUUCGCCUGGGGCGUCCUCCUCAAUAGUGGCAUCGGUGAGGGAACACCGCGCAGCUUCUCUGCCAGAGUGCUAGGCAUGGUCUGGGCCGGCUUCGCCAUGAUCAUCGUGGCCUCGUAUACUGCUAACCUGGCCGCUUUCCUCGUGCUGGAGCGGCCCAAGACGAAGCUGAGCGGCAUCAACGAUGCCCGCUUGAGGAACACCAUGGAGAACCUGACCUGUGCCACCGUCAAGGGCUCAUCGGUGGAUAUGUAUUUCCGGCGGCAGGUCGAGCUGUCCAACAUGUAUCGCACAAUGGAGGCGAACAACUAUGCCACCGCCGAGCAGGCCAUUCAGGACGUGAAGAAGGGCAAACUAAUGGCCUUCAUUUGGGAUUCAUCGCGACUGGAGUACGAGGCCUCGAAGGAUUGCGAACUGGUGACCGCUGGAGAGCUCUUCGGACGCAGUGGCUAUGGCAUAGGCCUGCAAAAGGGCUCACCCUGGACAGAUGCUGUAACCCUAGCUAUCCUAGAGUUCCAUGAAAGUGGCUUCAUGGAAAAGCUGGACAAACAGUGGAUCUUUCAUGGACAUGUACAACAGAAUUGUGAACUCUUUGAGAAGACCCCCAAUACGUUGGGUCUCAAGAACAUGGCUGGGGUGUUCAUUCUGGUGGGUGUAGGUAUUGCUGGAGGCGUGGGUCUAAUCAUCAUCGAAGUGAUCUAUAAAAAACAUCAAGUGAAAAAGCAAAAACGUUUGGAUAUAGCCCGACAUGCAGCCGAUAAAUGGCGUGGCACCAUAGAGAAGCGUAAGACCAUACGCGCCUCACUGGCCAUGCAGCGACAGUACAAUGUGGGACUCAACUCCACCCAUCCACCGGGUACCAUCAGUCUGGCGGUGGACAAGAGGCGCUAUCCACGCUUGAGCCAGCGUUUGGGACCGGAGCGUGCCUGGCCUGGCGAUGCGGCCGAUGUGCUGCGAACACGUCGCCCCUACGAACUGGGCAAGCCUGGACAGUCGCCAAAAGUGAUGGGUGCCACGCCAGGGAUGCUCGGAAGGACACGGCCACAGCAGAAUGUCUUGCCACCGCGCUACUCGCCCGGGUACACCAGCGAUGUGUCUCAUCUGGUCGUUUAAGUUAACAUUUUUUGCCAAUGCAUUUAGAAGAUAGUAGAAAAUACGUUUACUCGUAUAUCAUUGCUCAAAUGGGGUUCAUGGAGAGUCAGGAAAUUGUUUGUUAUCGAUGUACGACUAUGUGUGGAAUGGGGCCGGGACCGGGACUUGGCAAAGUUUUACAAUAAUAAUUUUAACCAUGCAUUUGAUCGGUCCGUUCCGGUCCUGUGCCUGCAAUAAUCUGUUAUAUCAGAGUCUAUAUGUAUUUACAGAAAUUAUUGGAUAGUUUAAUAGGUCAGCAUUUAUUUGAUUGCAGUUAAGUUUGUGUAGUUUUCGAUGGAUUUGUUAAACGAGAGAGAGAUUUAGCAGGGAAGAGGGAACUGGGAAUUGGAGUUCCCUUCGGAUCGGAAUCGGAUUGCUUUCAAUGUGCUUACUGUUACAACUUACUAUCUAUAUACCCGCUUUAGCUUUUUUCAAAUGCUUUUCCAUAAGAAAACUUCGAUCUAUUGUUAUUCUAAUAAUUAUUUCUACAUAUUACAUCACAGAACCCACCCACUGUUACAAGGUGUAUGCUAAAUUAUACUUAAACCUUAUAUACUAAGCUCGAAACAUAAAACGAAAGCUCCGAUUGCCCGUACAACUUACAUAUACUUACCUUCAGCUGAUCCUGGACAAUUGCUAGGAUCGGAUUUACUACCUAAAACUUACCGAAAAACCUUUUUAUUAACCACAAAGUCUUAGGGAGAAAACCUUCAGCAAGCGAUGGCCUAAGAGUAGCAAACUAAUUAAACAACAAAAACUAAACUCGAUGAAGCUUAAAUGAAAUUUAAAUGAAAUUUAAACAGAAAACAAAUUAUAUGUAUACAUAUUAUAUAUAUAUAGUAUUAUUAUAUAUUAUAUAUAGGUAAGAUUCAGUGUGAAGUUAACAGCAUGAUUGUGGAGCAUUCCAAAGGGGAAAUUCGUCAAACCAAAUACAAUUUAGUAGCGAAAUAUGAAUUUUAAAUGUUUUGAAUGUGUAAACAGUUUAU